AUGGAAAGAAGAUUGCCUAUAUCAAAUUAUAAUGAUACAAAUGUUGCUGAAAUGUUAUUUCCUAAUACAGAUUCAGAUACAUCAAAUUAUCAAAAAAUGAUUGAAGAAACAACCAAACUAUAUUCAUCCUCAAAUAAUAUAUUUGUAAAUGAAAAUGAAGUUUUUAAAAAUGAUAAUAAUACUUUUUCAUGUAAUAAUCAAUUAUGCAUAAUACUUCCAAAUAUAUUAAUUGCCAUAUUUUUAAUUUUUUUAAUAUUAUUAACUAUUUUUGGAAAUAUUUUAGUGGUACUUUCAGUUAUUGUAUAUAAAAGAAUGAGAACAUUUACAAAUAUUUUAUUAACAUCGUUAGCAACAUCAGAUCUUUUAGUAGGAUUAAUGGUAAUGCCAUUAUCAUUAAUUGAUUUACUACACCACCAUCAAUGGCCUUUUAAUGCAUUAUUAUGUAAAAUAUGGGCAACAACAGAUGUUCUUUUAUGUACUGCUUCAAUAUUAAACCUUUGUAUUAUUUCAAUAGAUCGUUAUCUUGCAAUUACUUAUCCAUUAAAAUAUUCCAGAACACGUUCUAAAACUAUGGCAUUUUGUUUACUUUCAGCUGUUUGGGGUUUAUCGUUUAUAGUUUGUAGUCCACCAUGGAUAAUCCCUUCAUGGAAAAUGGAUACAUCUAUUGAUAAAGAUAAAAAUUCUUGCAGUUAUCCACCAUCAAUAACUUAUAGAAUAUACAGUGCUUUAGGAUCUUUUUAUAUACCACUUUUAGUUAUGCUUAGUGUUUAUUUUAAAAUUUUUCGUGUAGCAUCAACAAGAGAAGCAAUGAUUCGAGAAGGACUGGGAACUUGUCGGUUAAGUAAAAAUGCAAAUAAUGAGAAUAAAAAAUUAAAAAAAGCAACAUUCACAAAAUCUGUUCAAUUUUUACGUUCAAAAAAAUAUAAUACCAACCACAAAGAUAAUAAAUACAAAAGAAAUUUAAAUAGUUAUACUACGGGUCAAUUAAUGAAAAGAGAAUUUGAAAAUAAUUAUCAUUAUACUUCUUCGGGAGUUUAUUGUAGCGCACGUAAAAAUAGUACUAAUUCACUUCAAUAUCCUGUAAUUCAUAAAAAAAAUUUUAAAAGUAGUAUAAAUGCAGUUGAUUGUGCAAAAAAUACAAAAUACAUGUAUAGACAUCGGGUUGAACGUGAAUGUUCAUCAUUAACCGAUCUUACUGUUCAAAAUAAAAGUUUAGAUAAAGAUUCGUAUCAUGGAGGUGUUGACAAAAUAAAAUCAAGUACAUUAAAAAGUAAUUUAAUAAUUGAUAUACCAAAAAUUAAUGAUGAUGAUGAUAAAGAAGUUCAAACUUUAGUUAAAAAAGCACAAACUGCAUAUACUAAAUUACAACCAAAUAAUUUACUUGCUAAAGCACAAAGUCAUUAUAAUACAUAUGGUCCUGGACGUAUUAUAAGAGGUAGUAAAGAAAAAAUGGUAUAUUUAAGAGAAAGAAAAGCUUUAAAAACAAUUGGAAUUGUUGUUAUGGGAUUUAUAAUAUGUUGGAUGCCAUUUUUUAUAUUAUAUUUAAUUGAAGUAAUAAUUGAUGAUCUUAAUAAAUCAACUGCUUUUGGUAUAUUAAAUGUUUUUUUUCUAUGGCUUGGAUAUUCAAAUUCUGUACUUAAUCCUAUUAUUUAUACAAUGUAUAAUGGUGAUUUUAGAAGAUGUUUUAGAGAUCUUUUAACAUUUGGUUGCGUAUCUCGACAAAGACGUACAAUGAGUGUUCGCAAACUUCAUCAACAAUCAACAACAUUUUAA